UUUCCCAUCCCAUCGGUGUGCACUAAUCCGAAAUUUUACAGACCAUCCCCCAGUCCCCCACACAUGAUGAGGCCAUGAAAACCAGUCCCCUAGCUAACCCUAACCAAAGUACAAUGGUUGUGGAGUAGCAAUGAUUUAGGCCAGGGGUUCCACUCAAAGGCCCAAUAGGAUAGAUAAAAGGAAAAUAAGAAAAGAUGAAUGUAUCCACAAUUCACAUAGUCCCAUCUCAUUUCUAUAUAUCCCCUGAUCUUUCAAUCUACUACAUAAAGCCAACAAGUUGAGUACCAGCUGGUGGUAGAAAAAAUAUAGAGGAGAGGUCCUGAGGCAUAGUAGUAGAGUGAUCUCAGCUACUUGCUUGCUCGCACACGAGCUAGAAAGAACAAGAACCAAUUCUGCAUCCCUAAGCUAAGCUUAGCUAGUAUCCUAAGGUGACACUAUAUGUAUGUGGUAUAUAUCUAGAUAUAUUAUAUAUAUACACACAAAAGCGCGAACCAUUCCCGCAGCAAAAAGACCCAAGGCCAGGUGAGCUCUCUCGCUCGCCCGCUCGCACGUGUAGCGGACAAACUCAUCGCUCGGUUGAGUUCUUCUUCUUCUCCUCCUCCUCCUCGUGCGCGCUCUGCAAGCCUGCAACCCCAUGAGCUAGCUAGCUCGGCGAAGCGGCCGGCGGCGAGAGAGGGGGAGAGUGCCGGUGGGGACGGAGGAGAUCGGUCCGUACGUGCUGCCGGCCGGCGAGCCGACGUCGGGCAUGGACACCAUACGGUGCUGCAUCGCGUGCAUCCUGCCGUGCGGGGCGCUGGACGUGGUGCGCAUCGUGCACUCCAACGGCCGCGUGGAGGAGAUCAGCCGGCCGGUGCUCGCCGGCGAGAUCAUGAAGGCGUACCCCAAGCACGUCCUCCGGAAGCCGCCGUCCACGUGCCCCGCCGACGGCGGGGGAGGCGGGAUCGUCGUCCAGAAGCCCGUCAUCCUGCCGCCCAAUGCCGAGCUGCAGAAGGGCAAGAUCUACUUCCUCAUGCCGGUGAUGGCCCCACCGGAGAAGGAGAAGGAGAAGGAGAAGGCGAAGGCGGCCCAAGCGCAGGCGCCCGCGGCGGCGAGGAGGCGGCGGAGGAGGAAAGAAACCGCUGAUGAGGCCGCCGGCGGCCGAGCUGCCAGCAACGCAGCGGCCGCGCCGCCCACCCGCGUCGGCUCGGAGGGCGAGAAGGAGCGGCUGCUGGCCAACGAGAGGUACCUGUCGGAGAUCAUGAAGGAGAAGGCGUCGACGGCGAGAGACCGGCGGCGCGGGCGCGUCGCCGUGUGGCGACCUCACCUGGAGAGCAUCACCGAGGAUGACUUGUAAUCAAACGAGGUGUUCGUUUUUUUUUCUUCUUCUUCUCUAUUUUUUCCCAUUGGGUUCUUGUUUUUUUACUUAGUUUCUUUUGCCAAUUCCUUCUGUUUGCCCUCCGGGUUUUUAUUUUUUAUUUUUACUUUUGCCAUUCUUUCCCCGGCCCGUCUCCUUUAUUAGAGCAUCAUCCUCUUCCCUGCUCCUUUACAGGGUGAAAUGAUGUCUUUGUGAAGAAAAAGAUACAAUUUUUGCUAUGCCCCUCUAUCUUUACAGCACCUAUGAUCCAGUUAUGGGCUCAACUAGUUACUAGUUGCUACAGCAGUUUGCAUUGUUCUGUACAUACAUAUUAAAAUUGUGUAAACAAUAUUUCUCUAGCAUCCUUCUAGCAAAGGUGCAAUUAUAUAUUUUUUUUCUGAAA